AUGUCGGAUGCGUACAAGUACAACUUCUUGUGUGAACAUGUGCAGGAGGCAUCCCAGAUGACGAAGGAAUUUCUCCUGACAGUUUACAGCAAGCAUAAUGGCAGUCCGAAUGAGCUUUCACUGUACGACACGAAGUCCAAGCGCCUUUUCUUGAAGCGAGGAGUUUAUGACCAAGAUGGUGCUUUCAGACUGGAAGAUUUGUUUAUCGGUGCCGAAUUGACCGUGUGCGGCCGAAAAUUGAAGGUAAUUGCGUAUGGCGACGUGCCGACCCAACAUUUGUUCGAGAAAAAUUGCGAACAGGUCUACACCGUCAUAGCAGGUGCUGCGCUUGCAGAUCUGGGGAAUCUUUUCACGGUGGCCUACGACAGCGGCUUCACCGUCAAGCGUGUCAAGACCCUCACGACUGGGGACAUGAGUGUCCACGCAGAGUUGGUUGGUCCGGGUGGUGUUGAAGGCUGGCGCGAGGCAGUGGGGAAAAGUCUCGGCGAGGAUACGGCGCGAGCCGUUCAAGUAGAAACCGUCGGCUUGGACAGUGAGAAGGUUUUUGCAAGCAAAGACUGCUCAGCGACUUUCGAUAGUUGCUCCCUUUGCAUCAUAAGGCCUCAUGCAAUCCGGGAAGGAAAGGUGGGAUCCGUCAUCUCGGCAAUCAUGGAGACCGGGUUGCAGAUCUCAGCGAUGCAGACCUACGUGCUGCUGAAAAGCCAGGCGGAAAACUUCUACGAGGUGUACAAGACGGUUCUUCCUAGUGCGCAGUACGCCUCGAUGAUCACAGAGCUGGCUUCAGGCCUUUGCCUGGCUAUGGAGGUGCGAGGAGAGAACGUGGUGCCCAGGUUAAGAGAGCUGUGCGGCCCGUUUGACAUUGAAAUUGCCAAGCACCUGCGCCCCAACACCAUCCGGGCCUGUCACGGACGCAACAACGUCCACAAUGUGGUGCACUGCACAGAUCUUGCAGAGGACGGCGUCCUGGAGUGCCAGUACUUCUUCUCGAUCUUGCCGACAGCAUCGUGA